CAUCGCCAGUAACGAAUCAGUUAUAAAAUCUGUGACAUAUUCAGCUGGUAUAAUUUUAUCGCAGCUUUCAUAAACCUCGUUGUCGUUUGAACGAAAACUUCCCUUUGUCUAGCUAGCCACUCCAGGCAGGAUAAGAUCAAGGUCAUCAUCACAUCGAUCACGUUGCGUCUGUUUUGUGUUAUUUUGUCGGUUAUCAAAUCAUGUGUUCCCUUUAGAUUUUCAAUCAUGUUUAUUGUUUUAAACCUUAUCCUAGUGCUUUUAUUGCUUGCAUCUGUAAAAUUGCCAAUUUUCGCGGUCCAUGGAGAAACAACAACCGAUUGGUCCUCAAUGGAGGAGCGUUCUUCGCUCGGUGAAGAAUCAGAUCUGUCGCUUAUGCGAGAAAUUUUCUACCAUAACCUGUUGGAAGAUAUCCACGCCGAGUAUGGCCCGGGCGAACUAGAGAUUACCCCUGAGCUGCAGAAUCGGAUUGACAAACGUAUUCUAGGGUUCUUGCGAGUUUCGGAUGGUGGAGAUCGUCUAGAGGAAGGUGGAACACGUACAAAGAGAAAUGCGGCGCAAGAACUGAUCGAGGCAGAAACUGCUGGAGCGGAACAUUUCUUCUUGAAGGGUUUUCGUGAACGUGGCUACGUUCCUGUUAACUUUCCCAACGAUAUAUGUUUGCUCAAGGUCGGCCAAACGGUAUUCGCAGCAUCGCUUCACAUGCGAAAAUCGAAAGAUAAUUACGCCAACCAUACCGUGGUAUCAUUCUAUGUUCGUCAAAAGGGCCAUUUCCAAAAAUACAAGGAAUAUUCGGCGAUCGUAGCCAGAAAGUUCGAUUGCAUCUCCCAUGCGUCGCUCGGAUUCGUGGCUGUGGUAAACUACUACGACAAUGCCCAGGAACAGGACUCGCCGAAAACGCACCGAACCUUCGACGAUGGUUCACCGGUCUUUCAAAUCCAGGAGAAUAGUACAACCGAAAUCGUGCAAAAGUUUAACCAAUCGAACCAGAAUACCGUGCACAUGUGGACACACGGGAACCACAUCUAUCUGACGCACACCUACACCAACCUGGAUGAGAGUGUGGCCAAUGUUUGCCCCUUGUAUCGUUGGUCCGGAUACCAUUUCGAUGUGAUCGACGAGCUGCCGUGCUACAAUUCUAUCCACAUAGAACCGUUCACGAUCGAGCAGACACUGUUCAUAGCGAUCGCCAACCAGAUGAAUGACGAAGCUGUCGACGAGGAUACGUUUUCCGAUGUGUUCAAGUUUGAUUACGAACGGCAAAAGUUCGACUUUCAUCAGAAAAUCUACGUUUACUCGGUGUCCGAUAUCAAGUACUUUUAUCUGGAUCACGGCGACAUCAGGGAGCACUUUUUGGUGACGGGAAAUUCGAGGGCUGGGAAGAAAAAUCGAAGCGGCAAGCUCGACUACGAUCAGCAUUCGAUCGUGUACAAGUACAUCGAUGGAUACUUUGUGCCGUUCCAAAAGUUCGAACUGCACGGUGUGAAACAGUUUCUUCCGGUUAUGCGGGAAAAUGGUGAAUUCCUGUUGCUGAUCCGCUGCCGAGGUCGUCCCCUGCAAAUCUACGAGUACGACGGAUGGAAGUUUGCUCCCUCGCGCAUCGACUACACCAGAGAGGCAUUUGCCGCCGGCGUAUCGCAGAUGCGAGUCUACCGGCACGUAAUCAACGGGAGUCUGAUUGUCAUCGCCAAUCGGAAUCUUUUCGGCACGACAGCCAACAUCUUUUCGCCGCUCUAUGGCGUCGGUAAUGACUUGAAGGAAGUGUACGGCGAAUUCAUCAACUGGUGUGGCGAUACAACGGAACAGUUGGCUGAAUUGAAUUUGGAAGAGGUUUACAAGAAAUUGGUGGCGCUACCGAAGGUCGACGAUGAAGCUGUACGCUUUGGGAAGGAAAUCCAACUGAAACAUUCGACCGUGGAGGUUUUGCGAACAAAAGUUUUGCAAACCGAUAAAUUUGUGUUCAAUCAACAGACGUUUGAUUAUUUGAAUAAAAUUAGGAAAGAUUUGCAGGUUUUGAAAAAUAAGGCUGAACAUUUAAAAGCAAUUAUCGAUAGUAGCCUUCGGCUGGACGAGUCUCUAGAUAUUAAGGGUGAUUUAAGAGUGCCGGAAGUGAUCGCUGCUCGUGGUCUUGUCAGAGAACUGGAUGCACAGAAGGUUAACAAUGAGAAGCAACCAGUAGCCAGAGCACAUGAACCAGAUCAGGGAGAUGUUGUAAAGGUAGAUCGAUUAAUUGUAGAUGAGCGUUUGGCGGUAAAAUUUUUAAAUGGCUAUGCCAGUGAAACUCUACUUCGAACUUCCGAUGACCUGAGUGCUUUGAAGGAUGUUGAGCUUCACGUGAAAGAAAUUGACGUUCAUGGCGAAUUUUAUGUAGAAAAAUUAAUCGACGGCAUACAUUUUUCGCCCGAUAACGUUUUGAUUGAAGGAGUAGAUCAAACGUUUACAAACAAAACUCUGCUAGUUGAUCAGUUGAUAGCGAAUAAUAUGGUUACACCGUUAUUGAACUCAAGUAAAGUUGAGAAGAUCAUGUCUUACGCAAAUGAAGCUGGACGAUUGAUGGAAGCAAGAUCUCAGAUAAGAGCUACUGAAUAUUAUCCGAUGAGGUUGAAGGAAAUAAGAGUUGACAAUUUGACGAUGUCCGGAUUAAUCAAUGAGGUAGACCUUGGGUAUAUUGACCGAAAUGCUUUGAAAAAUACUGGCGAUCAAGUUAUAACGGCCAGUUACAAUUUUGAUAACAUAAUUGCGGCAAAUCUAACUAUCCCGAACAAACGCUUAUCGGGAAUCGAUCUCAAUCUUCUGGUACUGACGGAACCUACUGAAGAUCAGCCUUACAUAACUGUUCGUCAAGAUGUUCAGUUUAUAAGUCCUGUUUUAAUGGAUAAGCUUCAAAUAACCGAUCGCAUCAAUCACGUAUCAGUGGUUGAUGACAGACUUCAAGUUUUACUGUUAAAUUCCACGGAACCUCAAAUGAUAACUGGUACAAAAAUCUUCGACAAUAUUGAAGUUCUUGGACCGAUUCAUCUACAGGGUAAAAUCAACAGCAGUAGUUUAAGCAAGUUAAAUCCCAUUGCAACCAUAACUGAAGACAUUUAUCUCGAGGGUGAUUUUGAAAUAACGGGCGACGUUACGAUCAGGCGCUUGCUCAACACCUCAAAUGUCUACGGUGCUAGUAGGACAUAUAACUACAAAGAUCUCUACCAUCAUGGACUGCCGUUGAAUGCAGUUUCGUCGCAGCAAAACUUCACGUUCAAGCAACCGAUCAUCGUCCAGCAUGCCUUUGGUAAUAAUUUCAAUGAUUACAAUCCCAGUGAUUUUAUUCCUUCAAACUCUGGAAAACUACAACGAAUAACGGGGCGCAAAAUAUUCACCGGAGAUCUGACUAUCCGCGGUAAUCGUGUGGAUGCAGCUGUGAUAAAUCAAGUAAACUUGAAGCAACUCAACAGUACUAUACUCAAGAGAACUGGUAAUCAAAUUAUCGAAGGUACUAUUCACUUCAAAGAGUUAAUCGCAUCCAGUUCGAUAGCCAAGCAAACCCUGUUCGAAGAUCGUCCGUUGGCUUCCUUGCUGACCAGUGGUCACGGUCAACCAAUUAAAUCUGCACUUCGAUUCGAAAACUGUCAGCUUACGGUUCGGGAAGAUCUUAUCAUUGAAAAUCUGGAGACCUACAAUAGUUCUACAAUUUAUGGAUACGACUUAGAGCACAUGAUUCAGGAUACGCUACGGAAGAAUCCAGCCAUCAAUAGCACAGUUACCGUUACAGGGCCCAAAAGUUUCUACAAUCUAACAGUCGGGGAAUUGGUUCUAGUUGACCAGGCAACCUUGAAUGGAGUGGACUUGAUCGGAUUGAAAAAAAUCGGCGAUCCCCUGGAAAAAGACCUUCUGGUGAAGGAAACUUUGAUCCUUAAGAAUCCGAUUAGGGUACGGAACGUGUUUUUCAACGGCUCUAUAAACGGAGUGUCAAAGCACGACUUUGGUAGAAACUGGUUGAUGAAUGAGUACAACCAAACCUUCACAGCGCCGCAAACAUUCGAGAAUGUAGUUGCCGAACAAGUUUUUCUAGAUGGCUUGAUCAAUGGCGUGAAGCUGGAAGACCUGGUCGAGGACCUGUACUUUUUAGACAAGAACGAACGUGUACAGAGGGUUGAAUUUAAUGAAGGACUCGUAUCAUACCAACCAGUGAUCGUUAACGGAGUCGUUUCGGGACUUAAUCUCGCUACCGAUGUAGUGCUAGAUCGUUCCAAAGACCAACAGCAAUUGAAGGAACUGUACGUCGAUGGCAACCUACUAGUACGUGGACAGCUUUACGUAUCGAGCAAGAUAAACGAUAUGAACUACGCAAAGUUGAAGGAAUAUGUGACAAGCAAUGGUUCUGAGCAUCCCAUCAAAGUAGAGGCACAAGGGAAUGUUCAUUUCCAUCAGCAACCGGAUGUGGCUCAACUAAACGGUUACAGAUUAGAAGAAUUACAUCGUGAAAUUUGGUUGAGCAAUAGAGAUGAGGUGCUGACAGGAAAUUUCCGUUUUCAAACUGUUAAUUUUGAAAACAAUGUUCUGACAAAGGGUCCUAUCAACGAUCUCGAUCUGGACGAACUUCAAAACACUUAUCUCAGCGUAUCGAAACCGCAGAAUGUAUCAACGCCGAUGAUUUUCUCUGGUCCAGCCAUGCUUAAGACGGCUAGUUUUGAAGAGGCCACAUUGAAAGGAAAGUUGAAAGGAUCAAUCGAGUCGAUUGGAAUAGACAUUGCAGAAUUUGAUAAACAUGUAUUGAAGAAGGACGUUCCGCAAACCAUAACCGGCAAUUGGAUCAUCCAUCGCGUCGCAGUUCAUGGAAACCUAAACAUUUCCACCUUGAAUGGGCUGGAUAUCCAUCGGGACAUUCUGCUAAACAAUGUUCCCCAUGCAACAUUCACCGGAUCAAAGCGAUUCGACAAUUUCCGAGUUCGCAAUCUAAUCUGUCCUGCUCCGUGUAUAAUUCAGGGAGUGGAUUUCAACGAGUGGGUGGCCAAUUCUGUUCGGCUUGGACAGAAUCAUACCAUCGAUGGAAUUUUAUAUCUGGAAUCGGCCAGCGUGCUGGGCAACGUUGAGUGUUCGGGUCUGGUGAACAACAUUACCUUCAACAGGGACACGCUUUUGUUAAAAUCGGUUCCACAGAUCAUUGAAGGUGAUUUGUACGUGAACAUGAAAAUACCGGAGCAAAACCUAGUUUAUCCGGCGUCGAUUGAAUCGCUGCAGGUGGACACAAUCAAUGGGAAAAACUUUUCCGAGUUUGUUCAAAAUUUGGCUCUUCGGGAUCGGGGAACGUUGAAAAUCCACACACCUGUAAGCUUCAGGCAACCGUUGGAGACGCAAAACCUUGACCUAGGAAACAAUUCUAUGUACGGCGUGAACAUUAACCAGCUGCUCCAAGAAGUUGAGUACGGCGAUCAACUGAUGCAAUAUGAAUCCAAGCUGCGUAAUUUGAACGUUGUUGGGCAAUCGUUGGUGGAAACUUUCAACACUGUUACGCCUUUCUUGAGUCACUUCAACCUGGUCCAAACAUCGCUCAAAGGACGGUUUCGGAGUGUGUCCGCCAUUUCGUUACCACUGUCACCGGCACCAGUUGAUCUGUUAGUAGCUCACGUGAACCAAGAGAAUUAUACUGCGGUAGAAUUCUAUCGAUGGCACAAGAAGGAUCAACAAUUUAGAAUAGCUAAAGGAUUCUUACCUAUAACAUCUCCGAAGCUAAUCGUUAACAAUGCCAAGAGAAUAAACAUUGGUCACGUCCAACACCUGUUUGUUGAAUUCAACGAACCAACGACUCAGUCAUAUCGUCAAUCGUUCCUCGACCUAGAGCCUCCAGAUUUCAUGAUGCCUAAGAAAAUUCAACCCAAGUUUAUGACUAUUUACGAGUUCAACAGUACGAUUCCGCGUAAUGUGGUAAACAUUAAAUUAUUUGAUUUGGACUGCAUUGGUCUGUAUUCGGCCAAAGCAGACGGAAUAGAAGUUCACUGUUUGCAGUUGGAAAAUCUGGUAUACUACAUGAGAUUCCAUCAAAUGCUGGUAACUCCGGCCGUCAGACAAGCUAACUUUAUCGACCAACGUUUGAUUGUACUAAGUCGAGAUGGACUGCUUCAAGUGUGGCGAUCUCAACCAAACCGCAAAUUAUCUCUGACUCAGCUGAUCAAAUCGAUCCAUGCCAGUGCGAUCGCGGUGGCCAAAUUCGAGUAUCAACUAUUCAUUGCCGUCAACUCUGAAUCGCCCGAAAGCGAAGACAGUACAACAGCACAUCAUGGUUCCAUUGAAAUCUGGCGAGAUUCCCGACCAUCGCAAGCCAAUGGCACCUUCAGCAAAUAUCAAACCAUUCUAAGCAAGGUUCCACGUCAGAUUCAGCUGUCGGUUCUUCCGACGGCCUCGGAAUUGAUGCUGUACGCUUUAAAGGAUGACCCAUUCCAUCCAUUGGUGAUCUACAGGUAUGAAGGAGUGGCCGGAUUCCGUGAGCACUUGACCAGCAAAACUUUACGAACCACUAGUAAACGACUGGCGGUCGUCAAGCUGGAGCGGAAUCAACGAGAGCUGUUGGCCCUGGUGGCCGAUAGAGAGAUCCGAUUCGUCGAAGCCGUUGUGAAGGGAACAUAGGUGAUGUUAUGUUAAAAUUAUUUCGGUGAUGUUUUUUUCUUGUUUGUAUGAUAGUGUACAAAAAAAUGUAAUAAAGCGUCAUUUUUGUUGAAUGAUUCAACAGUUUCAUUGAAUUUCAAAAAGACACACUUCUAUUAAAUAUCACGGAUAACACGAAGUUUUCUCACAAAUAAAUAAACAAUUAUUGAUUUA